AUGCCGGAGUCCGCGGAGGUCAUGCACCCCGAAUUUGCAGCCCACUUCUUAAUCUGGUUCCAACACAGUCGCCACCUGCUGCUUUCGUAUCACCUUUGGUGCCAAAGCACAUCGCAGCAUCUUUUCCUGCACUUCCAUCUCCAAUCAGAGCAACAGGUAAAAGGGGUCAGUCCGAGAGUCAGUGUGACCAAUCUUCUUGGCAGCUCUGACUCUGGUUGCACCUUCUACGCCUGCGACACCGAUAGUGGCAGAAGUUUCAUUGUUUACUCUGCAGCGCAGAUUAGUGCAUCUUCUUCCACAGCAGCCGCCCGUCAAUGUCCCAACCCCGGUCUCGUCCUCCGGGCCGUCAACUCCUUGCCAACUGACACCCUCCGUAUCUGUUCCCUCUUCCUGGACAUCGACCUCCGGCGUCCUUUCCCUUGA